CAAACUGCAGGUUUGGUACUUUAAAACACCUUUAGGGUGAAUUUAACCACUUCCGGUUGCUCCAGGAAGCUUAGAAUCAACACAGGUAGACCUCAUAGUGGCCUGAUGAAUUGCCAUCGAAGACAGGUUCAUAAGGCAUUCAUAACCCACAUAGGCUUCAGGUUGAAUUUAGGGGAGCAGGCAAUGUAUUCAUAUGGGAAGAGAUGUCAUUGUAAACGGUGAUAUGGAAAAAAACAACUGUUAAGGGUUAAUGCCACACGGUCAAGGUUAGGCUUGCACAGAUCGGGAGGACCUCAGGAACGUUCCUGAGGUCGAAUUGUGCUUCUAACCCUAACGGUUCUCUCGCUGUCACCCAAAAGCACUUGAAAUUUAGGUCCAGGCUUCAUUAUGGGCCUACUUUUUUCCACGGUCGCUGCGCUCAGACCGAGCGAGCUAUGGUCAAGCGGGCAUCUCCUUGACUGAAAUUACUGAUUUACAGUUCAUGAGGGUUGCCUAAUCACACAAGUUUUGGAAACAUCUGACCUUUUUAACCCUUCGAAACAGCCCCUAUGACCCCAUUUUAAGGCACUUCGGUUGGCAUAGGAAGCUAAAAGUGAAGUGUAACAACAAGUUUAACAACACCUGCACAGGAUCGGUACAUCCGAACAUCACACCUGCGGGACAGGUACAGGAUGGCAACAACAACUGUUCCUGGUUACACCAGGAACGCACAAUCCCUCCAUCAGCGCUCAGACUGUCCGCAAUAGGCUGAGAGAGGCUGGACUGAGGGCUUGUAGGCCUGUUGUAAAGGCAGGUCCUCACCAGACAUCACUGGCAACAACUUUUAAUAUUUCCACAUGUUAAGUUUGCUUAAAAUAAACUCAGUUGACAGUGAGAGAUUUCUUUUUUUGCUGAGUUUACACACACAUCAUUGCUCACACCCAAGCAUUUUUUUCAUUUGUAUGAUAAUGAUGUCAUAUUAAUUUAGCCAAUGAAAUGCAUGCGAAGACAAAUUCCUCACGUGCUCUGAAGCUUUAUUUCCCUUCACGCUCUUUCAACGGCUCGCUAGACAGAAGCUUACAAAAAGGCGCGUAGUAAAGAUUAAAUAUAUGUUUACAAGUGAUCUUGAUUAAUUUACUCGGAAACUCGAUUUUAACAUGAGGGAGAUUGUUCAUCUGCAGGCCGGUCAAUGUGGAAAUCAGAUCGGUGCCAAGUUUUGGGAGGUUAUCAGUGACGAGCAUGGAAUAGACCCAACAGGCACUUACCAUGGAGAUAGCGAUCUGCAGCUUGAGAGAAUCAACGUCUACUAUAAUGAGGCAACAGGUGGCAAGUAUGUUCCUCGUGCCAUUCUAGUUGAUCUGGAGCCUGGCACGAUGGACUCUGUCCGCUCUGGACCAUUUGGCCAAAUAUUCAGACCGGACAACUUUGUCUUUGGACAGAGUGGUGCAGGUAACAACUGGGCAAAGGGCCAUUACACUGAGGGAGCAGAGCUGGUAGACUCUGUCCUGGAUGUGGUGAGAAAGGAAGCCGAGAGCUGCGACUGUCUUCAGGGUUUCCAGCUCACCCACUCCCUUGGAGGCGGCACGGGCUCUGGUAUGGGUACCCUGUUGAUUAGCAAGAUCCGUGAGGAGUACCCUGACCGCAUCAUGAACACCUUCAGUGUGGUGCCCUCCCCCAAAGUGUCAGACACCGUGGUGGAGCCCUACAAUGCCACCCUGUCUGUGCAUCAGCUAGUGGAGAACACUGACGAGACUUAUUGCAUCGACAACGAGGCCUUGUAUGACAUCUGCUUUCGCACUCUGAAGCUGACGACUCCCACUUACGGGGACCUCAACCACCUGGUGUCAGCCACCAUGAGUGGUGUCACCACCUGCCUGCGCUUCCCUGGCCAGCUCAACGCCGACCUACGUAAGCUAGCUGUCAACAUGGUCCCAUUCCCCCGCCUGCAUUUCUUCAUGCCAGGCUUUGCCCCCCUCACCAGCAGAGGUAGCCAGCAGUACAGAGCGCUGACGGUGCCCGAACUCACCCAGCAGAUGUUCGAUGCCAAGAACAUGAUGGCCGCCUGCGAUCCCCGCCACGGCCGCUACCUCACUGUGGCCGCAAUUUUCCGUGGCCGCAUGUCCAUGAAGGAGGUGGACGAGCAGAUGCUGAACGUGCAGAACAAGAACAGCAGCUACUUUGUCGAAUGGAUCCCCAACAAUGUCAAGACUGCAGUCUGCGACAUCCCACCCCGCGGCCUCAAAAUGUCCGCUACCUUCAUUGGCAACAGCACGGCUAUCCAGGAGUUGUUUAAGCGCAUCUCUGAGCAGUUUACAGCCAUGUUCCGCCGCAAGGCCUUCCUGCACUGGUACACCGGAGAGGGCAUGGACGAGAUGGAGUUCACCGAGGCCGAGAGCAACAUGAACGACCUGGUAUCUGAGUACCAGCAGUACCAGGAUGCCACCGCUGAGGAGGAGGGCGAGUUUGAAGAGGAGGGAGAAGAGGAUAUGGGUUAGACGGAUAAGAGAUUUUAAAAUCAAUUUCAAAUGCAUUCCAUCCCUUGUUUCAGUUUGUUCUUUUAUUCUUUCACUGCACAAAGAGCUGCUGUCAGUGUUUAACCUGUUGUAAUUACAAUAAAUCUUAUCAGCAUUUUC